UUUAUUACAAUUUAUACUAUCAACUGAUCAUACUCCAUAAUAACUCCUUCACUAGAGGACUUUGGAAGAAAGAACACCAAGUGAAAUCAAGGCAUCCCGUUUGGAUGCGGGGAUGCGACGACCACGUUAGAGAAUAAGAUGUAUAUUGGGCCGUAUAUAUAGGGCCUAGUAAGGCCGAGUCGGGUCAAAGCCCAGCUAAAGUAUUUAACAUGACCCGAAUAUCAAUCAUCCCAUCUUCCCCAAUUUAUUAGUCAUCGACGGGACUCUUCACGACACUUGUCGAUCCAGUCUCCCUCCGUAACCACCACCGCCGCGACUCAGCCGCUCCGGCUUCUAACCGCGGCUCACGACCACCGUACCAGCUUCGCAUCCACAUCGUCGGAAUCUCAGUUCUCCCUCUCCGAUUCUUACUAAAAUUAGAUUUAUCACUUCACCGGAAAAUGAUGGGCUCAGAGAACGACGAAGACUCCCAUCUCCACGCCUCCAGGGAGGAGACGGAGAAUCUCUUCCUCCGAGACGAUCCCUUGUCGAGAAGCGACGUCAACGGCAAUCACAGCGCCGUGUCAACUCUCCCUCCGCCCCCGAUUAUCGUCACUCCGGCGGAUUCCGAUCCACUUUCUUUGCCUCCAAACGGCAGCUCUUACAUCGAGCCUCCGUCUUACGCAGACGUUAUCUUCAGCCCUUUCGACGACAACGCCUCAGAUGACUGCAGCAGCCAGUCCCCAAUAUCUCCGUCGUCGUCUUAUCCGAGCUCCUCCGAUUACAUCAAGAUCACUGUCUCCAGCCCUCAGAAGGAGCAGGACGCAUCAAGCUCCAUGCUCUCCGGAGGAAGCACUUACAUCACUUACCUGAUUACCACCAGAACGAAUCUCCCUGAGUACAAAGGUUCUGACUUUACAGUGAGGAGGAGGUUUAGAGAUGUUGUUGCGUUGGGGGAUAGGUUGGCUGAGUCUUAUAGAGGGUUCUGUAUUCCACCGAGGCCGGAUAAGAGCGUGGUGGAGAGUCAAGUGAUGCAGAGGCAUGAGUUUGUUGAGCAGAGGAGAGUUGCGUUGGAGAAGUACUUGCGCAGGCUUGCUUCGCAUCCUGUGAUUAGGAAUAGCGAUGAGCUGAAGGUGUUUCUUGGAGUGGAAGGGAAGUUGCCGUUACAGAUGGGAACUGAUGUGGCGUCUAGGAUCUUGCCGAAACAGUUGUUUGGUGAAGGGGUUGAGGUGGCGGCUCAGCCACCAGCUAGAAGCGGUAGAGAUCUGUUUAGAUUGUUUAAAGAGCUUAGACAGUCAGUUUCUAAUGACUGGGGUGGAGCAAAGCCAGCUGUUGUGGAGGAAGAUAAAGACUUUUUGGAGAAGAAGGAGAAGAUGCAUGAUCUUGAGAAAGAGAUUAUUAAUGCCUCGCAGCAGGCUGAAACACUCGUCAAGGCACAGCAAGACAUAGGGGAGACGUUGGGGGAGUUGGGAUUAGCCUUCAUUAAGCUGACAAAGUUCGAGAACGAAGAAGCUGUGUUCAGUUCUCAACGAGCUCGUGCCAAUGAUAUGAAGAAUUUAGCCACUGCAGCUGUGAAAGCCAGCAGGUUUUACAGAGAGCUGAACUCACAAACGGUGAAGCAUUUGGACACACUCCACGAUUACCUUGGCGUAAUGAUGGCGGUCCAGGGCGCAUUCACAGAUAGAUCUAGUGCUUUACUGACAGUGCAGACGCUUCUAUCUGAUGUUUCUUCUCUCGAAGGAAGAGCAGAGAAGCUAGAAGCUGCGUCUUCAAAGGUGUUUGGCGGCGACAAGUCAAGGAUUAAAAAGAUAGAAGAGUUAAAAGAAACCAUCAAGAACACCGAGGACGCCAAAAAUGUAGCCAUCAAGCAGUAUGAGCGGAUCAAGGAAAAUAAUCGGAGCGAGGUUGAAAGGCUGGACAGAGAACGGCGUGCAGACUUCUUGAGUAUGAUGAAGGGGUUUGUUGUUAGCCAGGUAGGAUAUGCAGAGAAGAUGGCCAAUGUGUGGGCAAAGGCUGCAGAGGAGACUAGUCAAUACAAUAGAGAGAGCUCUUAAACAAAGAGAUCAACCUGUAAGUUGGGGUAAAAUCUGAGCUACUUUCUGAAAAAAGAGAUGGUAGGAAGUACCAGAAACUAACAAUGCAAGAAGGGUCUUGCAAUUGAUAGGAACAAGAGAAGAUGUCACGUUGGGGAAAAGCAAAGUGCUCCUUCCAAUCUUCAACUUUGAUUUGAUCCUGAUUGAUUAGCUUACUUACUAGAAGUUGUUGUUUUAAUAUCAAGUCAACAGAUUUCAAAAGUGUAAAAUUACAAAAAUUAUCCAUACAAAAACGCUCUACUGGAA